GGACCACCCCCAUCCUGUCCCUGGAGGCCUGAGACAGCUCUGCUGUCCCCAUAGGGAGUGUGGAGGGUGUGAGGGAGGACUGGCUCAGGCUGCUACACGGAGAUGUCACUGCAGGAGGCAGAUGGCCAGCCCUCGGCCACCAGUGGGCUGGGGAGGAAGGCUGAGGGCAUGUGUAAAACAGGCUGUUACUGUCCAGGCCCUGGGGACCUCCCAGGCUGAAGGUGGCCCUGUGGGGUCCUGGGUGGCAGGCAGUCACCACUUUCUGAGGUGACCUAGUGCAGCUUUGUGAAUCUGGGGGCCUGGUGAAGACAUUCACCACCGUUUUUUGUUUGUUUGGUUUUUUUUGUUUGUUUGGAGACAAGAGUCUCAAGCUGUGGCCUUAGGUAGAGUGUUGUAACAUCAUAGCUCACAGCAACUUCCGACUCUUGGGCUCAAGCAAUCCUUUUGCCUCAGUUUUUCUACAUUUAGUAGAGACAGGAUCUUGCUUUUGCUCAGGCUGGUUUCGAACUCAUGAGCUCAAGCAAUCCACCCACCUUGGCCUCCCAGAGUAUGAGGAGUACAGGCGUGAAGGACAUCCGUCUUUCAAAGCCUCCUUACUGUGUAUGUCAGGUAGGAACACUCAUAAAUACACCUGUGUCAGUGGAGUCCUCACCUUACCCAGUGCCAGGGAAAGAUGUACAGACAGGAGCUGCCCCUUUACGCUACUGGGCAACUCUGACCUUGGGGCAGGGCAUUUGGUUUCCAGCUGGGCAGGAGGUGCCCUGAGGAUUCUGCCCCUUUGCUGGCAUGAGGAGGAGCUGAUAAGGCCUGGAGAAGGUACUAACCCCUAACAAGGAGUGCAAGUUUUGGCAUCUUGCUAUGUUGUCCAGGCUGGAGUACAGUGGCUAUUCAGAGGUAUGAUCAUAGUAUACUACAGCCUCGACCUGCUGGGCUCAAGCAAUCCCUCUGCCUCAGUCUCCCGAGUAGCUGGGACUACAGGUAUGUGCAAUGGUGUGCAGCUCUCAGAGUCUGAUUAUGAGCCACCACCUUCAUUUCAGCCCCAAAGUUUCUCCUUUCAGACCAGGGAGACACCAACCCUGUCACAGGCUUGGGGAGUGGCUGGUGGUAGCCACUGAAUGGCAGGAGCCAGCACAGUGCUGCAGAUGUUAACUGUCCUAUGACACCUGCUAUUAGGAAAGAGCUUGGGGGAUGGGGAGAACAGCCAUACAGAAGAUCCCGUGGUGGCCAGCUCACUUAUGGGUGCAGUUUGCUGGGGACUUCCACAUGUCCUCUCUGCAGUAGCACAUCUAUCACUUGGGCCUUGCCAUGGGUGCUGGGGUGCCUGCUCUAGCUGGUCCUGGAUUAGGCACCCAUUUGAGAGAGGAGUAGAAAAGUUACAGGAUAGUGUAGCCAGAAAGGAGCAGGGAGGCUCAGAUACUUAAGCCCAGAGGGUGGAGUGAGAGGGCAAAAGGCAGUGCCAUGUGGUUCCCCAGGGCAUUGGAGUACACAGGUGAGCCCCCAGGUAAGGGGUGCUUCCUUGCCAUCUGGCUCUUCCUCCCACAGAGCAGCACCUGCCCCACCCACCUUCUGGGUCCUUGGGAGUCCCUCCUUCCCAGCAAGCUAAUCUGACCCUCCCAUGUGCUUAAGGGCAGAUGUGCAGGCCUGUUCCAGUGCUUAUCAGGAUGAGAGGGCUCCUGGGCGUGCACAGGGGAGAGUAAACACCAGGAUAAGUCCACACUCUGCAAAGCCAGCUUGCCCUGCACACUGCCUGAUAGUGAGGCCGCAAGUGGGACGACCAGCUCGCUUACAGGUGCACUCUGGUGCACCCACUCAGGGUGACCGGAAGGACAGGCACCAGGAUGGAAGGGCAGUGGGAUUACGAUCUCCUGGUCAUUGGUGGGGGAUCUGGUGGCCUAGCUUGUGCCAAGGAAGCCGCUCAGCUGGGACGGAAGGUGGCUGUGGUGGACUAUGUGGAACCUUCUCCCCGAGGCACCAGGUGGGGCCUCGGUGGCACCUGUGUCAAUGUGGGCUGCAUCCCCAAGAAGCUGAUGCACCAGGCGGCGCUGCUGGGGGGCAUGCUCCAGGAUGCCCAGCACUACGGCUGGGAGGUGGCCCAGCCCGUCUCCCACGACUGGAGGAAGAUGGCAGAAGCUGUUCAAAACCACGUGAAGUCCCUGAACUGGGGUCACCGAGUCCAGCUGCAGGAGAGAAAAGUGAAGUACUUUAACGUCAAAGCCAGCUUUGUCAACGAGCACACAGUUUGCGGUGUCACCAAAGAUGGGAAAGAGACUCUGCUUUCAGCUGAGAACAUCGUCAUCGCCACUGGAGGGCGGCCACGGUAUCCCACGCAUAUCGAAGGUGCCCUGGAAUAUGGAAUUACAAGUGAUGACAUCUUCUGGCUGAAGGAAUCCCCUGGAAAAACGUUGGUGGUCGGGGCCAGCUACGUGGCCCUGGAGUGCGCUGGCUUCCUCACUGGGAUCGGGCUGGACACCACCGUCAUGAUGCGCAGUAUCCCCCUCCGCGGCUUUGACCAGCAAAUGUCUGCCCUGGUCACAGAGCACAUGGCGUCUCACGGCACCCAGUUCCUAAGGGGCUGCACCCCUGCCCGAGUCAGGAGGCUCCCGGACGGCCGGCUCCAGGUCACCUGGGAGGACCGCAUCUCUGGCAGUGAGGGCACAGACACCUUUGACACCAUCCUGUGGGCCAUUGGCCGAGUUCCAGAAACCAAAAGUUUGAAUUUGGAGAAGUCCGGGGUGAAAACCAACCCCAUUAGUCAGAAGAUCCUGGUGGACUCCCGGGAUGCCACCUCCAUCCCCCACAUCUACGCCAUAGGUGACGUGGCGGAGGGGCGGCCCGAGCUGACACCCACGGCCAUCAUGGCCGGGAAGUUCCUGGCCCAGCGGCUCUUCGGCCAGUCCUCAGCUCUGAUGGAUUACGACAGCGUUCCCACGACCGUCUUCACUCCGCUGGAGUACGGCUGCGUGGGGCUGUCAGAGGAAGAGGCUGUGGCACGCCACGGGCAGGAGCAUGUUGAGGUUUAUCAUGCCUAUUAUAAACCACUGGAGUUCACGGUGGCUGGGCGGGACGCGUCCCAGUGUUACAUCAAGAUGGUGUGCCUAAGGGAACCCCCGCAGCUGGUGUUGGGCCUGCACUUUCUCGGCCCCAAUGCAGGCGAAGUUACUCAAGGAUUUGCUCUGGGGAUCCGGUGCGGCGCCUCCUACGCGCAGGUGAUGCGCACGGUCGGCAUCCACCCCACCUGCUCCGAGGAGGUGGUUCGGCUGCGCAUCUCCAAGCGCUCAGGACUGGACCCCACAGUGACGGGCUGCUGAGGAUAAGCCGCCGUCCCUGCCUCACCAAGGGCACACAGCACACGCCACACCACCAGGCUCUUCAGCCCUACGUCCAGGACUGCUGAGGCCAGGCCCGUGAGAUGGUCAGCGUGGUACCCAAGUGUCUGGAUGGACAGCCUGUGUGUCCUGCAGGGAUGGCUCAUGGGGCUGCGAGCCCCCACACCCACACCGCUCACCCCCUCCCACCUGGGCCAGCACCCCCAGGCUCCUGAUGCCAGAUGAUGACGCCCUGGACAGAAACCCACCCCAUGGGCUGCCCAUGUCCGAGUUCCCCUGGUAUCUCUGGAGUGUAAAUAAAGAGGGUGUUUUCUGAA